CUAUAAAUAACAAACCCUAAACCAAACACAUAUUACACAUGUAGUCAACAGCUUUUUUUCCUUCCUUGCACUCUUAGACAAUGGUGACCCCGUUCUUGAGCAGAUGGCCCGACAUCCAGCAAAGAAGAGGAAGCUUCGCGGAAGGAGGGGUUGAAGGAAGACUUGUGCAACAGACAGAGGAGGAGAAUAAAAAAGAAAAAUUUUCUUGGUGUGUUGGAGGAAUUUGGGAACAGCUGCUGGAAAGAAAAGGAGGAAAACGUUUGGAGAGCGGUGGCCUGGCUGGAGAUUUGUUUCUGGCUUGGGGUUCCUGUCGAGAGAGUUCAUCGUUUGCUGUUGGGUUUUGGGAAUCGAAUCUUUGGAAAUUCGCACGUGCAUUUACAUUGUAGCUUGGUUGUUGCGAGAGAUUUUUGGACAAUUGAGUUUAAUGAAUUGAACUGGAUUCU